UCUGCCCGGAAGGGAGCGCGGCGGUGGGAAAGAUGGCGGCGACGGCGGCGGUGGGCAACGCGGUGCCCUGCGGAGCCGGUCCUUUCGGGUCCUGGCCUGACAGGCAGCCCCGGCUGCUGGGGUUGGGGCAGCAGCUGGGCUCAGAUACCUGAAGCCGCGCUGCUCGUGCUCGCCACCAUCUGCCUCGCUCACGCGCUCACCGUUCUCUCGGGGCAUUGGUCUGUGCACGCGCACUGCGCGCUCACCUGCACCCCGGAAUACAACCCCAGCAAAGCGACCUUCGUGAAGGUGGUCCCGACCCCCAACAAUGGCUCCACCGAGCUCGUGGCCCUGCACCGUGACCAGGGUGAAGAUGGCCUUGAGGUGCUGUCCUUUGAGUUCCAGAAGAUCAAGUAUUCUUACGACGCCCUGGAGAAGAAGCAGUUCGUCCCUGUGGCCUUUCCUGUUGGAAAUGCAUUCUCCUACUAUCAGGGCAACAGAGGGUUUCAGGAAGACUCGGAGAUCCGAGCAGCCGAGAAGAAAUUUGGGAGCAACAAGGCUGAGAUGGUAGUGCCUGACUUCUCGGAGCUUUUCAAGGAGCGAGCCACAGCCCCCUUCUUUGUGUUUCAGGUUUUCUGCGUGGGACUCUGGUGCCUGGACGAGUACUGGUACUACAGCGUCUUCACGCUGUCCAUGCUGGUGGCCUUCGAGGCGUCCCUGGUGCAGCAGCAGAUGCGGAACAUGUCGGAGAUCCGAAAGAUGGGCAACAAGCCUCACAUGAUCCAGGUCUACCGAAGCCGCAAGUGGAGGCCCAUUGCCAGUGAUGAGAUCGUUCCAGGGGACAUCGUCUCCAUUGGCCGCUCCCCCCAGGAGAACCUGGUUCCUUGUGACGUGCUGCUGCUGCGGGGCCGCUGCAUCGUGGACGAGGCCAUGCUCACGGGGGAGUCGGUGCCACAGAUGAAGGAACCAAUUGAAGACCUCAGCCCAAACCGGAUACUAGACCUCCAGACCGACUCCCGGCUGCACGUCAUCUUUGGGGGCACUAAGGUGGUGCAGCACAUCCCCCCCCAGAAGGCCACGACAGGCCUGAAGCCGGUUGACAACGGGUGUGUGGCCUACGUCCUGCGGACAGGAUUCAAUACAUCGCAGGGCAAGCUGCUCCGCACAAUCCUCUUUGGGGUCAAGAGAGUAACAGCCAACAACCUGGAGACAUUCAUCUUCAUCCUCUUCCUCCUGGUCUUUGCCAUCGCGGCCGCCGCCUACGUGUGGAUUGAAGGCACCAAGGACCCCAGCCGGAACCGCUACAAGCUGUUCCUGGAGUGCACCCUAAUCCUGACCUCGGUCGUGCCCCCAGAGCUGCCCAUAGAGCUGUCCCUGGCCGUCAACACCUCCCUCAUCGCCCUGGCCAAGCUCUACAUGUACUGCACAGAGCCCUUCCGGAUCCCCUUUGCCGGCAAGGUCGAGGUCUGCUGCUUCGAUAAGACAGGGACCUUGACCAGCGACAGCCUAGUGGUGCGUGGCGUGGCCGGGCUGAGAGACGGGAAGGAGGUGACCCCCGUGUCCAACAUCCCCGUAGAAACACAUCGGGCCUUGGCCUCGUGCCACUCCCUCAUGCAGCUCGAUGACGGCACUCUGGUGGGUGACCCCCUCGAGAAAGCCAUGCUGACAGCCGUGGACUGGACGCUAACCAAAGAUGAGAAAGUAUUCCCCCGAAGUAUUAAAACUCAGGGGCUGAAAAUUCACCAGCGCUUUCAUUUUGCCAGUGCCCUAAAGCGAAUGUCCGUGCUCGCCUCCUACGAGAAGCUUGGCUCCACCGACCUCUGCUACAUCGCCGCCGUGAAGGGGGCCCCCGAAACCCUGCACUCCAUGUUCGCCCAGUGUCCACCCGACUACCACCACAUCCACACCGAGAUCUCCCGGGAAGGAGCCCGGGUCCUGGCGUUGGGGUACAAAGAGCUGGGGCACCUGACGCACCAGCAGGCCCGGGAGGUCAAGCGGGAGGCCCUGGAGUGCAACCUCAAGUUCGUCGGCUUCAUCGUGGUCUCCUGUCCGCUCAAGGCCGAUUCCAAGGCCGUGAUCCGUGAGAUCCAGAACGCAUCCCACAGGGUGGUCAUGAUCACAGGAGACAACCCGCUCACCGCCUGCCAUGUGGCCCAGGAGCUGCACUUCAUUGAAAAGGCCCACACGCUGAUCCUGCAGCCUCCCUCCGGGAAAGGCCAGACGUGCCAGUGGCGCUCUAUCGACGGCACCAUCGUGCUGCCGCUGGCCCGGGGCUCCCCAAAGGCACUGGCCGCGGAGUACGCGCUGUGCCUCACGGGGGACGGCCUGGCCCACCUGCAGGCCUCGGAUCCCCAGCAGCUGCUCCGCCUCAUCCCCCACGUGCAGGUGUUCGCCCGCGUGGCCCCCAAACAGAAGGAGUUCGUCAUCACCAGCCUGAAGGAGCUCGGCUAUGUGACCCUCAUGUGUGGGGAUGGCACCAACGACGUGGGUGCCCUGAAGCACGCUGACGUAGGUGUGGCACUCCUGGCCAACGCCCCCGAGCGGGUUGUAGAGCGGCGGCGGCGGCCCCGAGACAGUCCGACCCUGAGCAACAGUGGGGUCAGGGUCACUUCCAGGUCAGCCAAGCAGAGGUCAGGGCUGCCACCCCCCGAGGACCAGCUGACUUCCCAGCGGGACCGCCUGAGCCAGGUGCUGCGGGACCUCGAGGACGAGAGCACGCCCAUCGUGAAGCUGGGCGACGCCAGCAUCGCGGCGCCCUUCACCUCCAAGCUCUCGUCCAUCCAGUGCAUCUGCCACGUGAUCAAGCAGGGCCGCUGCACGCUGGUGACCACGCUGCAGAUGUUCAAGAUCCUGGCGCUCAACGCCCUCAUCCUGGCCUACAGCCAGAGUGUCCUCUACCUGGAAGGAGUCAAGUUCAGCGAUUUCCAGGCUACCCUGCAGGGGCUGCUGCUGGCCGGCUGCUUCCUCUUCAUCUCCCGUUCCAAGCCCCUCAAGACCCUGUCCCGAGAGCGGCCCCUGCCCAACAUCUUCAACCUGUACACAGUCCUCACUGUGAUGUGCCAGUUCUUCGUGCACUUCCUGAGCCUCGUCUUCCUGUACAGGGAGGCCCAGGCCCGGAGCCCUGAGAAACAGGAGCAGUUUGUGGACCUGUACAAGGAGUUCGAGCCCAGCCUGGUCAACAGCACAGUGUACAUCAUGGCCAUGGCCAUGCAGAUGGCCACCUUCGCCAUCAACUACAAGGGCCCACCCUUCAUGGAGAGCCUGCCGGAGAACAAGCCCCUGGUGUGGAGUCUGGCCGUGUCACUCUUGGCCAUCGUCGGCCUGCUCCUUGGCUCCUCCCCUGACUUCAACAGCCAGUUUGGCCUCGUGGACAUCCCCGUGGAGUUCAAGCUGGUCAUCGCCCAGGUCCUGCUCCUAGACUUCUGCCUGGCGCUCCUGGCCGACCGUGUCCUCCAGUUCUUCCUGGGGACCCCGAAGCUGAAAGUGCCUUCUUGAGACGGCGGUGCCAGCACCCACUGCCCACCCUGGCUGCCGCCGGGCGGGAGCCCUGCCACUACCCAGGAGGGAACACUGCUUCCCCUGACCCCUUGCAGCGAGGCUGCCUGGCCUCGCCCUUGGAAGACUGAGCUGGGACCGCCAUGGCCAUCAGUGGCCUGGCAAGCGGAACUACCUGGGCCAGCACCUUUGGUAAAUAAAGCAGCAUCCAAGAUUUUAAGAA